ACAGCUAUCUCUUUGGGCGAAUCUAUGCGAUCGCAGCAUUGAGAGCGAGUAACAUAACCCAUCCAGCCGCUGGCUUGAGCUAAACUGGCUCACUGAAACGAUUCACAAAGCUUAAGGUGCUAAACAAUUCCUGGCUACGAAAACAUCACUCUUCAUUAUGUGACGAAGGGAUGCACGGAGAAUGACACAGACAAGCCUAUCUUACUUUUCCUGCACGGAUUUCUCGACUUUUGGUACUCUUGGAACAGGCAAAUACCUAGUCUUGGUGAGGAAUUUUGCGUUGUUGCACCAGAUUUGCGUGGCUAUGGCAAUACUACAAGACCUGAGGACACCGCCCAAUACCUGAUGCUGAAUCUCAUCGAAGAUGUAAAAGGAUUGCUUGAACACCUAAACAACAACCACAGCAGGAAGGUGUUUCUGGUUGGUCACGACUGGGGAGGCAUGAUCAGCUUCUGCUUUGCGACGUUAUACGAAACUUUCAUAGACGGGAUGGUGAUCAUCAACGGCAUGCACCCAAUGGCAUUUGCAAAACAACUCUUUCGAAGCGUGAGGCAAAUGAGAAUGUCCUGGUACCAACUUCCAUUUCGACACCCCGUUGUUACCGAGCAGUAUUUGAUAAUGUGGGAUUUCCACUUCUUUGAUAAAGUGCACAGAGGUUUCACUGAAAACGAGACAGAAGCUCACAAGUACAUGUUUUCGAGGGAUGGUGCGCUGACCGGUGCCAUAAGCUACUACCGAGCCUUCAACAACGACAGUAAUCAACUACGGAAACUGCCGUACCAAACGAUUAACGUUUCCACUCUGAUUCUUUGGGCAGAGAAGAUGCAUUCAUUAUGUCUCCAAUUGCCAAGUAAACCAGGAGUGGUUGAAAACGUCAAAAGUCGUGUACUACAGAGGCGCGGGCCAGGCUACCCAGAGAAUGUUCCACGCAGGUAACUGAGCAAAUUCGUAAAUUUGCAAGUAAUACCACGACAGGCACCACAGUGACAGAAGAAGCGACACCAGAGCACAAGCAGGGAACAUGUCAAGAAGCCAGCUUUCCAUCUCGCCGUGGAUGGUUGUCGAAAUUGUUUCCGUGGCUUCCCCGUAAUGCCAGACUUCCCAAACAAAUGAGAGAUAAAAAGGACCACUU